GUGAUUCGUACCACUGAACCUUACGACUAUAACAAGUGCAAUUGUUACUGAUAAAGAUUGCACACGUAUGAGGUUUGAUUUCGUUACAAUAGAAAUGAUGACGAACUACAGAUAAAAAUCAUUUCGUAAGGUGCUCCACGUACCUGACACUCCUUUAAGUUCCAUGAAGAAUGGCAUUUCCUCCGCUAGUUAGUUCUACGCCUCCUCCUUUAGACAAUCUAGGGGACUCUGAGGAAGAUGAGUUUGGAGAUUUUACUACUGGAGGCAUAGAUGGAUUAUCUGUAUCAUCAGAUUCACCGCAUAAGCUUGUAACUCCAGUCCAAACACCUUUAACAUCUCAACAUACUUCACCAAGAAUAAAUGGUAUUCCAGAAAUUCCAGAAAAUUCUGAAAUAAAUGUUGCUCAAAAACCGAGAAUUACAGAGGACCUUUUAAUACUUGAGAAAAUAAAUGAUACUGUAAAUGAUAUUAAAUUCGGGACAGAAGUUGAGAAGUUGGAUGAAAUCAUAGGAAAUGAUAGCAAAAAGAACUUGGGAAACGUAAACAAUGAUAAUAAAGAAAUUAUUGUAAAAAGAGGGGUUUCUAAUGGAGUUAAUUUAACCAGCGGAAGCAAUAGCUUUGAAGAAAAUGAGGGGGAAGCUAAUCAUUUAGAAGAUAUAGAACCUUUAAGUCUAGAUUUAGGAGAUCCGACCGCCGCUUCUGACACGGUACGGUCAUUAAACGAUGCUUUUUACGAUUAUGAACAGUUCGAAGAUUCACAAAAUUGGAUUUCCAAUAGCAAUGCAUCUACAGAUAUUUCGAAAGCAGAUUGCUUUAAAGUUCAAGACUCUGGAGUCAUGUCCAAUAAUGUAAACAGUUUAAACAAAGACUUCAAUGGAGAAAAUAAACAAGAUUCGAAUUUGGACUCAGAAAAUACCAUUGUAAAGUCGAAAUUAGAAGAUAAGUCUGUCGAAAAUCUAAAUGUAUCUAUUAAAGAAGAUGACUUUUCAUUUGAAGUUGACGGUGCGGAAUUUGUAGAUGUUAAAAAUUCAGUAUUUUGUAGUCCUAUUGAAAAUGAGUUGAGCAUUAAUAACUCAAAUAAGGAGUUUUUUUUGAAAGAUCAAAUGGAACAUGAAAUUGUCACAGAUCUUCAGUUUUCUGAGAUUGAAGAUGACCAUUACUCUGCACCACUGCCAGAUAUUUCCAAGUGUCCGAGUGAAGAAUUUAGCGACUUCAAGUAUGAUUCUAUGUUGGAAACUUCAAUUGCCACACUUCAGCCAGAGUUUCCUGACUAUUCCACAGAAACAGGAGAGAAGAAAGAAGAAAUGUUAGUUCAAGAUGACGAUUUUGGUGAUUUUACAAAUUUUUCCGAGCAUACGCAAUUAGAGAAACUGGAUGAAACAAAUGUACCUGAUAAAAAAAACGACGAAGAUGAUUUUGGAGAUUUCAAUGAUUUCGAAACAGCAUUCGAGCAGCCCUCAGUAGAACAGUCGCAAAUUAGUCUAAAAGAGUCAAUUUGUCGAAUAGAAAAUAAAAGCGCUGCUAACAAAAUAGAGGACAUAAUAACUACCAUGUUUUCAAUGGACUCUGAGCAAUGUGAGAUUGAGAUACAGCCACUGAUAAGUGAGGUGGAUGAAGUCUGGCAGAGUAUUAAAAAUGUUGAGGAAACGAAUGCUUUGACGUACCAAUGGACAAACAGUUCCAGCAACAAUGUAUUGCUAAACUCUCUUGGUAUUGAUUCUCGUAAUAUCUUAUUCGGGCCGAGAUGGAACCCGAAUGUUCCAAGAUUUGCUGCGAAUCUUGGCUUUACUCCGUUAGAGCCAAUCAAAGCCACAACUGAUCCUCAACCAGUUGCUUUGUCGAAUAUCAGCAAAUCCCAAGCUUCAACUAAUUCAGAAGAAGUACCUGCUGCUCAAUUCGAUUGGAAUAGUUCUGGGCUUGUUAAUCCCUUAGAAGCUAGUGGUGGGUUAUCUGCUCUUCUACCUCUGGACUUUUUGUGUCCCUUUGAUCCUCUACUAACAUCCCACAACUCCACCAAUUCUGAAUCCUAUCGUCGACCAAGUAGCGCAAGGAAUCCUAUUAAUCAUCAUAUGCCAGAAGUAAAUGUAAAUCGGGAACGAUGCAAUUCAGUGUCAAAAGUGGAGACGAUAGAUUCUCUGGAGAAUGAUAUCACGAAGUCACAGAAUACGAAACGUUCACAAUCUUCGAAAAUGAUCGAACCUUUGCCUGUUCCACGUGCACCAGAAUGGAAGAGGAAAACUGAUCUCGACUCAGGACAUAAACAGAAGAGCACAAGUAUUCAAAGAGGCAUUCCAAUGGAGAAACAAUGCCUACCAAUAGAAAAGCAGUUUCUAUCAAUUGAUAAACAGUACACGAGCGAAAGACAAUUCGUGUCGGUUGAGAGAUCGUUUCCGUCAAGUGACAAACAGUAUUCAUCAGCGGAGAAAUCGAUGACGGGAGACGUUUACCGUGGCAAGCCUAUGACCAAGAGAUCCGGAUCUGAGCACGUAGUAAUGGACAGAUUCGGUCGGGUAAUGCCGAUUCAGCCAGAAACAGCGAGGAUAUUGAACCGUUUGCCGGAUCUUUCGUUCCUCAGCGCUAGAACUCUGAUGCUCGAUCGGGAACACAAGCAGCUCGCCUGCGAAAUGGGUGUUAUAAGUCGUAAAAUGCCUGGCUGAGUAACGUCGGUCUGAGCGCGAGUUUGAAAGGUCAGAACAUUCGAUAGAUCUCACUGUGUCCCGUGGACAAAUUGAUGAGACGUAGAAACGAAGGAGAAAAGACGUUCCGUUAACCUUUCAAACCCGCGCUUGGGCCGACCUUUGAUCCUAACCUAUAUUUCCCCCUGAAAAAAGAAGAAAAAAAGCACUGACUGAUAAAGUAUUCUGUAUUCUUCAUUCAGGAAGGUAAAAAAGAGAUAUGGGAUAUGCGAGACGAUGAAUGUUUAUUUUCUGUUCAUAGAAAGGAGCUAUUUCACAAUACAGAUUUUCUAUCAUUUUUGCAUGAUAAAAUGGCGGUAUAAAACAUUAUUUUGUUCACGAAAUGGAGUCAUAAUAUUUUAUCAUUUAAGAUGUGAUCAUUUCCAGAUCUCUAGACACUUCCGAGUAUUAGUAACGAAAACAUCACUCAUAGUAUGUAAUACAUAGUUUUUCUAUGUUAUUUCUUUUAACUCAGGUAUGGAUAUCUCUCGACCUUUCUCUUUGCUUCUUUAUUAUUUGCUCUCAGAUGUGGACCAAUAUAUGUAUACUUUAAAGUAGCUUGUAUAAUAUGAUUAGACAGUAUAAUUAUACAUACAGUAUGACUAAAUUUAAAUUUAUGAUGUUUCUAACCAUAUUUGUUUUAGAUAAUAAAAGAACUCUCGCACUGAUAUAUGGUGGAGUUCUUAUUAGAAAUAAUUCAUAUUUCUGUUUCCAACUUUGCUUUUUAAUUAUGGUAUAGUUUGUUGAUAUAAUAUGUGUUGCUAAUUAAUUAUUUACGUGCUUGUAAGCUUCAUAAGCAGAAUGUACUUAAUCUUUUAUACGUACUGACUCUGUUCCGUGAACAGGUGCAAGAGUGAGUAAAUUAGUGGUGCAGCUAGAAAUUCUUAAUGGAGGCAUACAACGAUGUCACAAGUUAGUUUCAUAGUUAAUCAAGAAAGAAAUUAUUAUUUUGAGAAAAAAUAUUUUUCAAUUUUGUAUUCAAUUAUGCCUCCAUAAAAAUUGUACUUUAUAUACGCAUUUUUAUUUUGUAAAGCAUAUUAAAAAUACGUAUUCUUUAUUCAUAUGAAAAGAGGAUAAUAUGUGAAUAUAACGAACGAAGAAUUAACCGAACUAUUAACAAUUGUUAUUUCAGUGAAGUUUGUACUACCUGACCGCACCACAGUUACAGAUAGUUAGUAAUAUCGAAUAUUCGAUACUCGAGUUAAGACUUACUACCAAUACUACGUUCAGAGGGAAUUGUCAUGAACAUACUUGGCGUUCAAAAGUGACUUAACAAAUAAUAACAAUAAGAUAUCAUAGGUGAAUAUAAAAGUAUUUGUGAGAAACUUAAUAGGGGGUGCUUAUACCUUUGACAUUUGAUAACUAUUAUUUUUCGUAGACUGAAUGUUCUUACUAUAGUAUAAUGAUUUAAAGCCCAACUAGGUAUUCUAUUAUUAGCAAGGAGAGGAUUAAUCUUGAGUGGAAGAUUUGAAAGGAAUUGAGGCGAUUAUGGGCGAUUUAUAUAAUAGAUAUAUUAUAUAUUUUAUUUAUAAUCCUAUUAUCAAAGAAAAUGUCCAAGGUGUUAAGCAAAUGGUAUAUUCUAAUUGUAAAAACGUUAAAACGUUAUUAAUUUUAUUUAAUUGUGUUUUAAUAUUAUAUCAUAGGCAUUAUAAUUAUUCUGUUAUAAGUAUUUAUUAUCUAAUUACAUUUGUUUUAUGUUCUGAGCACACAGUUAAUUUUUUAAAUUAAUAUAUAAAAAAAUGGUGAUAUGGUGAUAUUUAUAAUCUUUUGUUUUUUAAUAAUCGCUUCUGUAAUCAUUCAGUGUUGCUGAAAAUCUUCUACGCAAGAACAAUGUUCUCUUACAUACAGGAUAGAUCAGAGGAAAAACCUGUGUCAUUGAAUUGGUACUAGUCUUAAAACUUACACAUAGAAUAUGGAAAUACUUUACUCUUAUUUCUACUGUGUCAAUAAAAACUCUUAUUUUUAUUUUA